AUGGGGAUCGGGGCGGUGUCGGACGAGCUGCUGGGCACGUUCGUGCCGAUCGCCGUGUACUGGCUCUACUCGGGGCUCUACGUCGCGCUGGACGGGGUGGGGCGGCUCGACGGAUACCGGCUGCACACCAGGGAGGAGGCCGCCACGAAGAACGUCGUCUCCAAGGCUGCCGUCGUGAGGGGCGUUCUCCUCCAGCAGGUCUUCCAGGUCGCCGUCUCGCUCACCCUCUUCGCGGUUAUUGGUGAUGAGAGUGGUAUUGGACAGAAGCAACCUCCUGCUCUUGUAAUAGUGUUGCAGUUUAUAACUGCAAUGGUUGUUAUGGACACAUGGCAGUACUUCAUGCACAGAUACAUGCACAUUAACAAGUUCCUGUAUAAACACAUCCAUUCCAAGCACCACACUCUUGUAGUCCCUUAUUCCUUUGGAGCUCUAUACAACCACCCUCUUGAGGGCCUUAUUUUGGACACCAUUGGUGGUGCACUCUCAUUCCUUGUUUCUGGUAUGACUCCACGGACAUCCAUAUUCUUUUUCUCCUUUGCAACCAUCAAAACUGUGGAUGAUCAUUGUGGGCUGUGGCUUCGUGGUAACAUCCUCCAGGCGCUGUUCAGCAAUAACAGUGCUUAUCAUGACAUUCACCAUCAGCUCUAUGGUAACAAGUACAACUUUUCACAACCCUUCUUUGUGAUGUGGGACAAGAUACUCGGAACUUACAUGCCUUACUCUAUUGAACAACGAAAAGGAGGAGGGGUCGAAUCAAAACCAGCUAAACUCCACUGA